UUUCAGACAAUAAAGUCCUGACGUGUGCUGCUGUGUGGAGGAUGCCGAAGGAAUUGGAAUCAGGCAGUCACGAAUCCCCUGACGAUUCAUCAAGCAACACUCAAGCCCUGGAGCUCCUCUGUCACCUUGACAACACAGCCCAUGGCAAUAUGGCCUGCGUUAUGUGGGAACCAAUGGGAGACGGUAAAAGAAUUAUUUCACUGGCUGAUAAUAACAUAUUAUUGUGGGAUUUGCAAGAAAGUUCAGCCAAAGCUGUGCUCUCUAGUUCUACAGCCUUGGAAGGGAGAGGGCAAUUAAAAUUUACAUCAGGGCGAUGGAGUCCUCACCACAAUUGCACACAGAUUGCAACAGCCAACGACACUAAUGUUCGAGGAUGGGAUACACGAACCAUGAAACAGAUAUAUUGCAUAGAAAAUGCACAUGGGCAGCUGGUACGAGACCUAGACUUUAAUCCCAAUAAACAGUACUACCUGGCUAGCUGUGGAGAUGACUGCAAGGUGAAAUUCUGGGACACAAGAAAUGUGACGGAACCGGUGAAGUCACUGGAGGACCAUUCCCACUGGGUCUGGAGUGUCAGAUACAAUCACUCUCACGACCAGCUGAUCCUUACAGGAAGCAGCGAUAGCCGAGUUAUCCUGUCUAACAUGGUAUCAAUUUCUUCUGAACCAUUUGGGCAUAUGGUGGAUGAUGAUGAACUAAGUGACCCAGAGGACCACCAACAGGAAGAGAAGAGUAAAGAGCCCCUUCAGGACAGUGUAAUAGCUACCUAUGAAGAACAUGAAGAUAGUGUAUACGCAGUUGAAUGGUCAUCAGCAGACCCAUGGCUGUUUGCCUCUCUAAGUUAUGAUGGGAGACUUGUCAUUAAUAGGGUUCCCAGAGCUCUUAAAUAUCACAUCUUGUUAUAAUUUGUUUUGAUUACUGGUGAAAUUAUUAUCUUGAUGUACAGAAUUGGUAGGUAUUGUUUUGGGCUUUUUUUAAGUUUUUGUUGUUGUUGUUAAGUAUAAAUGUUAAGGAGUGUAUCUGUACUAAUACAGAAACUUAUGUUUCAGGUUUUGACUUUUGUAUUU